CGGAAGUGGAAGUGUGAUUUCCAGUCUGUCAGAGUCGGAGUGUUACUCGGUGGUUGCAGAAGCCCGGGAAGUUGUUUUCGUUUUUCUUUCCGUGGCUUGAAGGCACUUCCCCCUUGGCGGGUGGAAGCGCAGGGACUGAGGUGCGAGAUGAGCACCAUGUUCGCGGACACACUGCUCAUCGUUUUUAUCUCCGUGUGCACGGCUCUGCUCGCCGAGGGCAUAACCUGGGUCCUGGUUUAUAGGACAGACAAAUACAAGAGACUGAAAGCUGAAGUGGAAAAACAGAGUAAAAAAUUGGAAAAGAAGAAGGAAACAAUAACAGAAUCAGCUGGUCGGCAACAGAAAAAGAAAAUAGAAAGGCAAGAAGAGAAACUGAAGAAUAACAACAGAGAUCUGUCAAUGGUUCGAAUGAAAUCCAUGUUUGCAAUUGGCUUUUGUUUUACUGCCCUAAUGGGAAUGUUCAAUUCCAUAUUUGAUGGUAGAGUGGUGGCAAAGCUGCCCUUCACCCCCCUUUCCUACAUCCAAGGACUGUCUCAUCGAAACCUGCUGGGGGAUGACACUACAGACUGUUCCUUCAUUUUCCUGUAUAUUCUUUGUACCAUGUCAAUUAGACAGGAUGUGUUAUUAUGACUCGCCAUUGACUUGAGAGAUUUUAAAGAAAUGUGGAAAUAUACUAUAAUAAGGCACAUUCCUAAUUCAGAAACUUUAAAAUGUUGGGGAGUGAGGAAGAAUGCAUUGUUAUGGUUGAAGAAAUAAAGUAUUUUGGAGGUAAAACAUCUAGGUUUGACUUUUGUUGCCACGUAAGUAAGUGCCUUUGGGCAAGUAAUAUACAACCUUUCUUGAGUCUUAGUUUUCACAAAUGUGAAAUGGCAUUUAGUGUAAAAUCUCAUUGUGCUAUGAUAAUGAGAUGACGAUAUAGAAAAGUUAGUAGUUGCUCUGAAGGUCACACUUUUUUUAAAAUCAGUAACUCCCCACCUGCUCCCUCCUUGGGUAAUUUUUGUUCCCCAGUCCAGAUAGGACAGUUUCUUUUCAUAGAUUGAAACAUAGUGAUGUAUCAACUGAAAAUAAACCUAAUUAUGUGUUCUCAUUUUUUCUUUCUCCUUAAAUUUUGUUUACUUCCUUAAAGUUUAGUGAUUAGCUACCUUGACCUUCACAUCACAUCUGUUUCCUUUGUGUGAAUUUCUAGCACCCGAAAUGCCAGAUUUGCCAACUUCCACAAGAGUUGUUGUUAGUGCUUGGUAGUGAUAAAUUUCAAGAACAAAAAUAUUUCCUUUAACUCCUACAAUUAAGGAAAUUGUGUUUUGUUUUUUCCUAUCAUGAGUGGAUUGAGUAAAUGAUGAUCUCUUUUAUAUAGAAACCUUAAGCCUUAGCAAAAACCCGAGCAAAUUUACGUGGGAAAUAGCUAAGGAUAUUCUGUAAAAGGAAAAUUGUUUUAUUCUUAAAAAUUUAUAUGACUGUAAGGGCUAUGACUAGAAUUCUCUUUUCUUUGAAAGCAAAAAGGAUUAGUGGUUCCUGAGGAAAAGUGGGAAAAGAAUUUAUCUUUUUUUCUUUCGUCAUUCAUAUCUUACUGUUUAAUUUUCUGUAUGUAUGAUAAUAAUCUGAAAACGGUUGUGGAGAGUUUUGUCAUUGUCUUCUUUAAAAAGUAUAUCUGUUCAGGUCAGUGACUGAAAAUAAGUACAUUUUAUACUUUUUCAGACUUUUGUCUUUCCUAGGGCAAAGAAUUUUGAUAUGCAGGUUCUAACUAUGUUAGCAUCAUAAUAUCCUGAAGUCAUCAAAAUGAUAGAAGGACCAGAUGCCUUCCAUCUCCUGUAUCUCAUCAUUAAUUUAUGUCAUUUUUAUUUAAGAUUUAUUCAUUAAUGCCAGUAUAGUUAUUCUAUAAGAAGAGUAUUUUCAUUUGUAGUAUUUUAUUUGAAAUCAGUUAGAGAGUACAUGUGGUUCAGAAAAUGAUAGCCAACUAAUUGCGAAGAAUAGGUUAUUCAGAUACCAUCUUAAUCUGAUCUCUGUGAAUUGUUUCAGUUCCUGAGUUCAAGGUAUUAUUUAGAAUGUUCCCUUGUCUCAUUGCUGAAGAUUGAUUCCAGUCUUUAUACCAUGCCAGGAGAAUUCCUCUCUGAUGCUAAGAAUACCAAGGUGAAAAGUCAUGGUCUACUCUAGUGGAACUCAAAUUUUAGAUGGGAAAGUAGACCCAUAAGUAAUAGUAGAGUGUGAGUUUUUGGUGGGAGGUAACAGAAAGCAAAGCAUGUCACUGAAGAGGAUUACCUUAAUGGCUGCAUCAUAGUACAGCAUUAAGUGAUUUUUUUAUUUCAACAUUUCUUAUACUACAAGUCUGCUGGUAAUGAAUUCCUUUAAUAUUCAUGUAUCUGAAAAUAUCUUUAUUUCAUCUUCAUUCUUUUUUUAAUGCAAUUUUAUUGAGACAUAUUCAUACACCAUAUAAUCCAUCCAAAGUAUACAGUCAGUGGCUCACAGCAUCAUUAU